CCUCUUCAGAAUCAUCAACAAUGGCGAGACUCACAGGGAUCAUUGCUCUCAUAUUGAUGGCGGUGCUGGUUUCUGAUGCCUACGCCUACCGCACCAUCACCACCGUGGAAGUGAACAAAGACAACGAAAGGCGGGCGGAGAGGUGCAGCCAGAUGAGGGCCGACGAGGAGAUUGGCAGCUGCGUUCAGUACCUCACGCAGCAGAGCAGAGAUGUGUUGCAGAUGCGUGGAAUCGAGAACCAGAGGAGGAGAGAAGGGCAGGUCUUCGAUGAGUGCUGCAGAGAGCUGAGGAAUGUGGAUGAGCAGUGCAGGUGCGAACUCUUGGAGCAGAUAGCGAUGUGGGAAACGAGGAAAGGACGACCCCAGGAAACAAGGCAAAUGCAACAGAGGGCUAGGAACUUACCAUCCAUGUGUGGACUCCGCCCACAGCAAUGCUACUUUUAAGCGCCUAUGCCCCGCACCAGCACAUCAUCGUGUGCUUCCACUAAAUAAAGAUUUAUGAAUUCCAUGAUCGAAA